AUGAGGACGCCAGCAGCUCUCGGGCUCGUCUCGAGCCUCUUGCUCGCCUGGCAGGCAUCCUUUUUGACCAUUAGCAGUGCUAUGCGUCUACGACCAAUGAACAAUGAAGCCGCACUAGAAGAAGAUCUAUCAGAUACCUUAGAUGAAACUAAUGCACUAAUGUCUUCAAUCGACGAUGAAAAGGACGUUGAAGCAAGAAUUUCAGAGUUCGUGACUGAUAACCCAAAGAUUCAAGAUGUUGUCUGCGCCAACUUCGACGAAAAGGCAGCUUGUGAAGCAGCUGUAAAUCAAUAUGUAUCACGCUGUCUGAACACUAAUUGCGCGAUUAUCGACAACGAAAACCACCCUAUUGGUGGCAAAAACCCUAACAUCAGAUUGCCAAACAAAUAUCAACUUGAGGCUAUUUUCUAUAUAUUCAAAAUAGUUGUCAAGAGUUACAAAAAGGAGAAGCAACUUGAGGGUGUCAACUUCAACAACAAAAUGAAAAACGAACUUUAUCGCUUGUUCUUGUCUCUAUUGAUGCGUCAAAACCUUUUAUUCAGGAAACUUAAAAAGAGAGACGUCUUCCUAAGUCGUUACCUCUACAUGACCACAUUGUAUUACAAGGCGUACACAGCUGUUGAAGAGGUCAAGACAAAGCUACAAAACUCUUUGAGAGUCGCUAGGUACCUAUGUGGCAAUCGCAUUAAAAGAACACUCAAAAACAUCGUUGUUGCCAACGUCAAGGGAUCAGUGCGCAACACUCCAGCUCGCUACAUCGUGGAAAUGAGUCGUGACUAUGAGAGCUAUCUUCACCAGCUAACGCCAAAAGCAGAGAAUUUCACUCACGAAUACUCGAAAAUGACCAUCGAUAUUCUAAUAGCGACCAUGGCAAAGAUGGUCAUUGAAGCAGAAAGACCCUGGUAUAAGAAACUGCUCCGCUGGUUCACCACACCAAUCAGGGACACAUUUAACCCGUUCGCCCGGAACAAACUCAUACCGAGAACAUGGAAGAAACUGAAGUCUAAACUUUUGAAACAAGAUCCUACGAGCUACGAUAAUUUUGUGGACGAGACCAAAAAGCUGUUUUGA